ACGCAUUUCAUCCAGAAUUUGUUCUCCAGCAGUUAUCUCAUGAUUUGCCAGCUGCUUUCUCCCAACAAUCAGAGCAGGCAGCUGCCACCAUUUGACAACCCGCAUACAGCACGAGUUGGCCUUGCUUGAACGUAGAACAACUUACCUGUGCGAGUACAACUCAAAAUGGCGUUCGUCCCAUCGUUCUGCCGCCAGGCAGCCUUUACAAUCCGGACAGGGUCACAUGGUGGCUUCUCCUCGUCCCUCCGACUGGCGGCGCAGCAUGUCGGCUUCGUCAGUGCAAGAGCACUCAGCAAGCGCCCUGAAACUUCAUUGGCCAGCAUCAGGAAGUAUGCCACAGACUCUGCUCCUCUGGUCACAGCCGCAGCCUCGUCUUCCAGCUCGACACAAUCUCGCAGGGACGGUACUCUUUCGAAGAGGUCUGCUUCCUCACCAGCAGACGUCCUUGAUAGCUACGCAUCAGCAGAAGCGUAUGCUCCCCUUUUGAGCCGCUUUGAAAGGCCAAAGUCGCGCUCAAAGAUCAUGACAGCAGACGAUUUCGAACAGGCCUUCCGAGCCCGGCUGCGGCGCGGCUGGGCCACGCCGAACGACCCGACCUCGGGCCGCUCUGUCCCCGUCGGCCAUGGCGAUGUGCAAGGCGCAUACAGGAUUCUUGGCUCCAUUCUCAAGCGCAACAAUAUUCGUGGGGAGCUCAGGUUGGGAGAGAGGUACGAGAAGCCGAAUCAGAUGCGGAGAAGGAAGGCAAGCGAACGGCACCGCAGACGAUUCGCGGACAUGAUUCGCAAGAAGGUCCAGCUCGUCAUGCAAAAGAGGCGAAGAGGUGAAUGAAGGGCGUGCAAGCUGAGGUUGAGCGCAUUCAUUCCCUGCAUUCCCUCGCGGGAGCGAACGCGAUCCGAUUGCUUAACCCACGUCUCCUAGCCUCGCUGUACAAAACAAAACCAAAUACGCACUUUAGACACUCCCAUGCUAUUGUUGGAC